ACCUGGUUCAGAUUAGAAGAAUCGAAGAACACAGCUGGGAACAACAGCCAUGGAGCCCAAAAUCAUUCAGAUGGCAGCCCUGGGAAGGGCCCUGUAUCCUGGCAUGUUGUACGACUGCCGCAGUGAUUCUUUUAUUCCUGGUGUUACUUUAUGGGACAAGGAAGCUUUGCGUAAUGAUCUUGAUGUGCAUGACCAGACUAAAACAUAUGUCAGGCUUGCUGCCUCUGAUAGUCUCAGUGAAAAGGCCAACCUCCUAGAUGUGAGCGCUUCCCUUAAAGCUAGUUUCUUCGGUGGUUUGGUGGAGGUUGGAGGAUCAGCCAGGUAUAUGACUGAUACCAAAUCCUCAAUACAUCAGAGCAGAGUUACUAUGCAGUACAGCCAGACAACAAAAUUUGAACAACUCACUAUGAAGGAGCUUGGCAAUAUCGCCUAUCCACAAGUAUUUGAACAGAAAACAGCCACUCAUGUAGUUACAGCUGUAUUGUAUGGAGCGUCUGCUUUCAUGGUGUUUGAUUAUAUAAGAUCAGAAAAUGAGAGCAAACAGGCUAUUGAAGGAAACCUUCAUGCAGUGGUCAAGAAGAUCCCAACCAUUUCGAUAGAGGGGCAAGCGUCCCUACAGAUGAAUGACGAGGAAAAUAAACUAAGUGAGAAUUUGAACGUCACCUUUUAUGGUGACUAUGAGCUUGAGGAAAACCCCACCACAUACAGCGAGGCUCUGAGGGCAUGCCAGAGGUUGCCCAGGCUGCUGAGAGAAAGAGGCAGCAAAGGUGUACCAGUGACUGUAUGGCUAUAUCCUCUCACACUUUUGGAUAAUAAGGCUGCUCAGUUGGUGAGAGAAAUCAGCAUGAGCCUGGUGUCUAAAACCGAAAAUUUAUUGGAGGAACUCAAUGAAGUGGAGAGAAGAUGCAAUGAUUUGAUGAAAACCCCAAUAACAUAUGAGUUCCCUGACAUAAAAGACAGGAUGCUACAGUUUCAGGAAUUGCUCAAUUUUUAUAAGAUAUCAUUCCAGAAGGCACUGGUCAGCAUUUUACCAGACAUUCGGAGUGGGGAACUGGAGAACAAGGCACUGGGAGACAUCCUAAACAAGCAUUACUCAUCACCCUUCACAGCUAGCAACAUGAACAAAUGGCUGGACAACAUUAUGACUGAAUUACAUAUUUUGAAUUCUUAUACCAGUGGGCUGAAGAAUAUGAGAGUUGUGACAUCAGCAGGAUCAUUGACUUCCAUGCUCUUUGAUCCUGAUGUUGAUGCGGUGGUUUGCUUGACAUUUACAUCUCUAAAGAAUGAAGACUCCUACCUAUCAGCUUUACAAGACUUUGUGGAUUCCGAAGGGUUUGUGAAUUUGGGGUCAAAAGAUGCAGACACUUUCUCCCUCCAAGCAUUUCAGCCUUGGUUCGCUUCUCCUGACAUUUCUGAAAGAGCAAGGCAGAAUCUUUCUCUCUUUACAAGUUUUUCAGAUGUCAAUAAAAAUGAGAUGAGAAAGAAGUUCAUAAUUGCCUCCAUCCCUGACUCCAGCAAUCCAGGAACCUCCAUCCGACUUUAUCAGUAUGGCCUUCUGAAAAACCCUAAGUUCCAGCCUGUAUCCAAACCUUCUCUACCCGUAGUGGAGACCAGUGGUGGGAAAGUGAUCCUGAAGCUUUCAAAAUCUCCAACCGGAGAGACAGUUCAUUUUAGAGUUGAAUACAGGAUGACACCACCAACUGAUUCAGCUGAUUGUGAGCCAUGGAUCAUCACCAAAACUUCAGAUGCACAACCCAGCUUCACACUGACUGGACUAAAGCCAGCAGACAAAUACUGGGUCCGAUACAGAGCUGUUAGUGAUGUGGGCAUGAGUGAAGCCAGCGACAUUGUCCCCUUCAUCUUGAGCAGAAAGCUUGAUUUCACAGUGGAUCCAUGGGACCUCUCCAUGCCUUCCCUCUGGAAUAAUCUAAGGACUAAAUUAAUGACCAGAAAGGGCAUGUCACGAUGGUCUGCCUCUACUAUCAAAUCAGAGGUUACAAAUAUUGUCGAGAAUCCUGGAAUGCAUUACAAAGGCCCAAUUCCUAUAGAGUUGAACACUGGAAUGGCUGUGUACUUCCAAGGGGUUGUUUUGUCUACAGGAAAAUUGUUUGAACUAAAUCUUAUAGCUCCAACAAAGGAAGGUCGCAAUGUCGUUUUUCACAUGUUCUUUCACAUUGCUGAGAACUAUUUGGCCUAUAACACCUACAAGAAUGACAGCUGGGAUAGCGUAGAGCGCGUACCAGAGUGUCCCCUUUCUAAAGGAUCAUCCUUUGAUGUUUUUUUUGUGAUCAAACCAGAAGGCUAUGAGGCAUAUAUAAAUGGGAAGAAGUAUUACCUGUUCAAACACCGCAUGCCACUGAAAAACGUGACUAGAGUUGGCACUUAUGGAGACUUCACCCUAAACAUCUUUGGUACUGUUCCAAACUGGAACGCAUCUACCUUUGCUAAGGAACUAAAUCCUGGUGUCUCACGCACAAAGUAUUCUAACAUUCAGUCUGAUGUGCCACAUCCAGUCUGCAGCCCUCAAAAAGUCUAUUCUGGCAAAAUCCCAGCAGCCUUGAGACCUGGUGUGGCUUUGUUCUUCCAAGGGGUUUUUCCUUCAGAUGGUGAUAACAUUUCACUAAAUUUGCAGACUGGACCGAGGUUUGGUUAUGACAUUGCUCUACACAUCAGCAGCUGCCCGAACAAACUCGUUCUGAACACCUGUGAGAAUGGGGUGUGGCAAAAGGAAGAAUAUAUUCAAAGUAACCCACUUGUCAAAGGAGGAGCCUUUGAUAUGUUCAUCGUUAUUAAAUCCGAAGGCUAUGAGGUGGUAGUGAAUGGCCUGGGUCUCUACACGUUCCAACACCGUAUACCACCGGAGAAAGUGAAUUCAAUUUACUUGAGUGCGGUCUUCAUUAACAAGUUUGCGGUUAUUGAAGUAAAUAAUGCUACUCUGAAAGCCACUGUGCCUGCCAACAUUUGAGGACUGCAAAACACCACUGAAGCAUUGACUACAUUUUAAGAGAUUAUUUUCUUUUGCUCUGUUCUCAAGUAUAUCAGAAUUCAUGGACAGAUCAUGGAUAUGAUUUGUCUUUCUUAUGAGGUUUUAUUGCUUUUUACUGUUAAAAAUUAACACACGAUACAUUCUGUGCUAGUUUUACAGUUUUAUUGUACUGUUUAAUAUAAAUAAUACUGCUGAUUUACAUUAGUCUACAUAUAUAGAGACACCUUUUCAGCAGAAAUGACUGCAGUGGAUUUUAAACAAAUCCAUUUCCCCAGGUUUUAGAUAAAGAUCCAGUGUAAAAAUGGUCUGUUAAUUGGCUAUUUUAAGAAAUCUAGAGUUCACAAAAUUUCCCAUGAUUCUGAAAGAAAAAUAAAACCUGAUUGAAACAUCAUCCAUCACAAAAUGUGUGAGUCUGGCAGAAAUUUCCAAAAUUUCAUGCUGAAUUUUUUUUUUUUUGCUGAUCCCUUCAUACCUCAUUCCAGAAAAUAAGGUUGAAGUUAAGUUCUUAUUUGCUCUUUCUUUACUUUACUAUUUCUUAACUUCUUAACUUUUCUGUUUCCGUUCCACCUUAAAUACUGUUGUAAUACGAUUUUGGACCUGUAGAGCGCACUCCUUGCUCAAUUCUAAAAGAAAAAAAUGCUUGAAGUGAAAUAUUAUCAAACAUAAUUGUAUUGGCCAAACAAAUUAUAGUAUGAUUCCAUGUUUUGUUGUUGUAAUGAAUUGGAAAACUUCUUGCUUAAAGCAUCUUAACAACAUACUGCUCAUAAUCACCGAAUAAAUACUCAUAACACGAA